AUGUCGUCCACCGACAAAGUCUACGAGCACCUCGCCGCAUCCCCUCUCCUCCUUCAAGCACUCCGUUCAUACCUCCCAUACAGCAUCCCACUGUACCGGCGAAUACAGGUUCAGGUCCAAAGCCCGACUGCUCACAUCUUGGCUACCUUCCCGCCCGCAGAGCAGGACGCUUCUGCUGCCUCGCAAUGGCCGAAAUGCUUCGCAGCCUGCUACUUCGACCGCUCAUCCCGCCCCGAGACUGAGAUGUGGGUGUUUGUGAGCGGAGAAGUACCCGGGCAUGCCAGUCACGACGGCGAAUCUGCUUCACAAGGCGAACCUGGGAACGAGAGCACUGAGAAACUAUCAUGUCCUACUUGCACAUCCUUGUUCCUAUCUACCCUCCGCCACGCCUCUACCUUCCCCCUCCCCCCAAUUCGCCCGGAAAAUCAGAAACACCUCGACCUAGCCGCCACCGCAACCUCGUUACAGAGCUUCAAAGGGCUCAGUCUCUCUAUAGAAGACGUCCCACCCAUUGCAUACCUCACACACCUCCUGAUACCCACAGUGGUAACGCUGGGAACCUUGAACUCAAAGCUUCUGCCUGUCCUCAUGGAGCGGCACCUCGUGCGCGAGGAGUUUCCCGGCCUCAAUUCCCCAUGCGGGAAAUUCAUCUUCAAGGUUUCUGGCACGCCUCCUCCGAAGCCACUGCUAGAUGGACUGCGGUGGGGUGAAGUUCGCCCUCAAGAUAUCGAGAUUGUGCAAGCUGGAACUGCCAUUCCGCGCGCAGCUGUGACUCUGUUGCAGUUGAAGAGUCUUGCUGUUUUCCCAUCGGAUUCUGACAAGCCAAUUGCAUGGGCUUUCUUGGGACAUGAUGGAAGCUUGUCGUCUCUACAUGUCAAACCAGAAUUUAGAGGCCGUGGGAUCGCCAAGUCUCUUGCUUCGAAGCUGUUUAGGGAUAACGUCUCGAGCACCGCAGAGGAUGAGGAGAAACAAGAUGAUUGGGCGCACGCGGAUGUCUACGAGGGGAAUGUUCAGAGUGAGAGUGUUUGCAAGAGUCUGGGAGGGAGGCCUUGGUGGACUGUUUACUGGAUGAGGCUGGAUUUAGGACGGUUGUAG